CAGUAUCCCAGCUCCCCCGUUUGUACUAUCAAAUCAAUCAAUUAAAUGUAUUUUAUGAAGCCCUUUUAACAUCAGCAGUUGUUCCAAACACCCAGCCUAAAACCCCAGAGUCAGCAGCAACAGGGUUGAUUCACGGUGGCUGGGAUAAUCUCUCUAAUCAUAGCUUCUCCGGAAGGUUGAUGCUGUCACAAAACAACUCCCCUCCGUAAGCCCGGCUCGGCCCUUUUUUGACAAACACAGAAGAAUGUUUUCAGGCAGGCCCUGAACUGAUAGUCACAUGCAGAUUCCCUUGUCUCUUGGAAAACGCUACGGAACCCCCGACAGAGAUCAGACGUGUCUUGGCCCUUCAAGAUGGUUGGGAGUUUUGGAAGUGUGAGGACACAUUGGAUCUCUAACACUCGCCUUCAACCCGAGGUCACUGGCUUUGAAGACUCUCACUGAUGUCUGGUUCCGCGUCACACUCAUGCCAAGACCCUGAUGAGGUUGUCGUAUGAUUGUUCCUCCGUCCUCCCCCAAUCCAACUCCCACGCUGAUACUGACUACAUCUGGAAGUGUCAAACAACGGGUGUCAAACAACGAGCCCAGCUGUUACUGUGUUCACCUGAGGAGAUGGACUGAGAAGCAAUGAAGACAUCUGGAUUGAAGUCACCAGCAGGAACAGCGUGGAAGAGUUAUCUCCUUGCCGCAGUAGGGUGCCUGGGGCUGCUGUGUGUUCUCCUCCUGGCUGGGAUCAUCGGCCUGGUCCUCCAACUGAGAAACCAACUGACCGGCUACAACGUCCUGAUUACAGAGAGAGACCAGCUAUACACCAGCUACAACAACCUGACAAAAGAGAGAGACCGGCUAAAACAAUCUUUAGUGCAGAAAGGGUGUCCAAAAAGAUGGGAGCGGUUUGGGUCCAGCUGUUACUACCUCUCCGGUAAGGACAGUAACUGGAUGGACAGCCGAGAGGACUGCCUGGAGAGAGGAGCAGACCUGGUGAUCAUCAGCAGCCCUGAGGAACAGACAUUCGUUAGUGGAUUAAAACCCAAAGGCCGUGGGGUAUGGAUUGGCCUGAAGGGCUCUGUUACCAACGCAACCUGGACAUGGGUGGACGGAACAACAAUGACCACCUCAGCUUUUUGUCUACAGGUUUUGGGGACCAAAAGAGCCUAAUGGUGAAGCAGACGUGAAUUGUGUGAUUUCUGGGUUUAGUUCAUUGGACACAGCACGUUGGUGGGACUGGACAUGUUCAUCUGUAACAAAGUGGA